AUUAUUAAAUAAUUAAUCAUGUCAUCCAACACUAUAUAAGCAACCAAAGAACACAAAAAAGUAGAACAAAACCAAAGCAACAACUCCACAAUAUAUGUCAUUGUAAGAAAAUUGAAUAUCAUAUUUCCUUCCACACACCAAGUUUCAAAAUAAAACAUCAACCAUUUGGCAUCAAACCAAAAACCAAAUGGAAGAAGAGGAAGACAUGUCACCACCCUUCUGGCUGCAAAACAGUGGGGCCAACCGACGCCGCCUCAGCCGCUCAUACUCUCUAUUAGUUACCUCCGGCACUGUUGUCAUAAUUCUUCUAGUAACUACAAUUGCAUUUGCCUUGGUUGUAGUUCCAACAUUGCAAUCUUUCACAUCUCACAUUUUCAGACCAAAUUCAGUUAAGAAGAGUUGGGAUUCCCUUAACAUUCUGCUUGUUCUCUUUGCCAUAUUCUGUGGUUUCCUUAGCAGAAACAAUAAUACCAAUGAAAGUCCGCGUUCCUAUGAAGAUCAAACCUUUUCAGACACAAACACGCGACAAGAGUACGAGAAACCAAACCUAGAACCGGAAACAGAAAUGCCACCAUUUUCUUGGUAUGAGUACUCAGAAGAUAGAACUUCAUAUAACAGGUUGAGGAGUUUCAACUCUUACCCCGAUCUCCGGCAAGAGUCUUUGUGGGUCGCAGGCGAUGAACGGUGGAGAUUUAACGAUGAUACACAUGUUAAUGGUUACCGUGGAUUGGACAUGAACUUGAAAGAAGCAAACAUCAAGAACAUUAACAUAUCUUUCAAAGGAAAGAAGAAGGAGAAGUCGGAAACAAUUGUGAAAACAAAAAAUAACAAUGCAGAGAGAAAGAAUAAAAAAACAAGUGCAACAAAAGAGUUGUUAACAUCUUUGAACGGAAAGAAGAAGAAACAAAGACAUAAAAGCGUAGAAAAUUUUCAAAUCAUUCAGAAUUCUGAACCUGCUACUACUAUGCUGAAUUCAUCACGUCCUUCACCGCCACCACCGUCUUCAUCUUUUCAUAAUUUGUUAUCAUUGAAACAAAACAAACAGAAGAAACUUAACUCUGUUUCUCAGCUGCAACAUCAUGUUUCAUCUAUGCCUAUGUCGAAAACAAACGACAAUGAAUAUUUUUCUGUGUUGGAAGAAAAAGUGGUAACCGGUAAUGAGUCGCCGUUGAUCUCAAUACCUCCACCGCCUCCUCCACCGCCGCCAUUCAAAAUUCCAGCAUGGAAAUUCAAGGUGCAGGGUGACUUUGUUAGAAUAGAUAGCAUUGGUAGUUCAAGUAGUGCAAGUAGUGGUGGAGAACCUGCAAUUGAUCUACUGGUGUAUCCCAUUCCCAAUCCAGAUGUUGAUAGCAAAGCUGGUAAUUUUAUUGAAUGCUUCAGGGCUGGUUUAAGGAUGGAGAAAAUAAACUCCAUGAAGACGAAGGAGAAUCAGGGGAUAGGGAGGUCUAAUCUCUAUAAUACCCUUCAUCAAAACCACAAACAAAAGAAGAAGUUGAAGGCAUUGUCAUAAGUCCUUUUUAAUUUGUUUCUGAAGUGAAUUCUUUUGUUCUUAUGUACACAUUGAUUCCAAAUUCAUACAAGUUUUGCAAGAGAAUUCUAGCAGGCAUAUAUAACACUUUAUUUUCUUUUUAGUGUAUAAAUAUUUCAAGUGUUCAGUUUGUUUUGGUCGUUGAGACCUUACCCAUCAGAUUCUGGCAUUCUGCUUAUUUCAACUGUUCAGUUUAUUCA